GUCUGUUUCGUACGGAAUGACAUGCCUGCAACUGAGACACCUGGUAGGAAGAAAUUCCACCUCCGCUUAAUGCAAGUAUCUAUCGUAUCAGGAGAAAAGUGGGAAGUUUUCAGUGGGCCUGUUGAAUGGUCAGAGCCUGGACCAGGUGCAGUUGCGUAUAUAGAAGCGCUUGGCGCAGAAGUAGGCGGUGUAAUGCAGCAAUCAGCGACAAAUGAAGGCCUAUUUGCUCCAUCUAGUAGGAGCAAACUUGAAGCUAGAACGACUACGGUCAUUGUAGCUGACCUAUUGGUCUCAUCUAGGGCUGCUGCUGGAUCAAGUACAACAAGUUCUUCCUCGAAGGUGGGUCUAUCCUCUGCGCUAGAGGCAAAGAAUAGGCGGGGGGAGCAAAUCACUGCAGAAGAUCAAACACAAAGUCCAGAAGAAAAAACAGAACCCACCACCUGGGAACUGUACUCAAGCAACACUUUUCUUCUCUCCCGACCGAAAAACCUGCUGUUGGAGAACGCAGAAGUGCAGUGGGAGCUUGUUGAGGACCGAAGUUCUUCCAAAAUUUCCUCGAAAGGAACAGGUCGGACUCGAUCUCGCAUCCUCGCUGUAGACUUUUGGAUUCGACGACCCUCUAUCUCUAGUAUUAAAGGAGAAAAAUACUCUCCGACUCCAGCACCAGCACUCUUUGUGACACUGACCACAGAAUUGAGUGGAUAUUUUUCAGAGAACGGGUUUUUUCUGACUGCGCAGGAAGGAAGGAAAAGAGUGUCCUUUAGGGUACUUGAUGAUGAUGAUGAUCAUCAUCAUCAUCAUCAUCAUCAUCAUCAUGAAAAUGUUAUACCGUACAAUUACACUUCUCACGUAGGUAAUCAGCACGUGGGUAACCAGUAUACAGCGGAUGGAUCUCUUGUUGUAGAAGAUGCCGAUGUAGAUAAAGGAGAAACAAUCCCUAUCCCAGAUGUAGUUGGGGAGUUUGAAAAGACACUUAGAGUAGAACAUUUGGCAAUGUACUACCAAAACGUCAAGCAAGAUAGGACAAAAAUGACCUCAGUAGAGAGGUAGUGUUGAAUGUGCUGAUGGAUUUUCCGAAAUUACUGGUAUCAUUUUUGGUAGUAGCUGGCACGCGAAAUUGUAACCAUCGGUACAUUCUAGGGCUCACUCCCUUAUCAUACAGCCAAGAGAAGACAGGGUCUGACUUUUCUGCCAUGUUGUAGCUGCGUGAGGCCACCACAGUGCCUGUAGGCAAUCAUGAU